GAUCGCUCGAGCUACGUCCGAAGUAUGCUUUUCUCCCGGUGCCAACAGGCCGGUGCAUCGCGUGCGAAUUUCCUUCUUGCCUUCAAUGGAUAUUACCGAAUCGUCUGCACCAUCAACAGAGAAGAGGAUCGAUCUAUGGGGUUGGCGCAAGCGCUCGAAAAGGGUGCAUACGCCGCGCCCCUGCUUAGAGACGAGAAUCUUGGUAAAUUUGAUCAAAACAAACCAGUGAGCAUGGACACUAAGUAGCUUUUAAGGAAUCGUCGUUCUUCUCUUUCCUUUUACACCACUCAUCGAUAGUGAUUUAGUCAACAUGAGCCCUGGUCUCGGACACGAUCCUCUUCCUUCGUACAACAUCACUGCACUAGGUAACACAGCAUUAUGCCUGUGGCAACAACCGCAACACAUACUGUUUCAAUUAGCAAAUUUUUGCUUCGCCCUGUCGUAUUCGGCACCUUCCUCCAGAAAGGGAAUAUUAUUUAUGCAUUCGGUGCUGAUAAUCGGUUUCAUGUUACUGUCUGGUUGGGCAUGGCAUGUGAUUUGUGCACCGGAUAUAUUCUCCUGGAACUUCAGCUUCUUGUUACUGAAUAUUGGACAGCUGGUUUAUAUAGUAUAUCAAAUGAGACCAGUUCGAUUCGACCCCGAAUUAGAGGAGGCUUAUCACACUCUAUUUUACCCAUUUAAGGUAUCCCGACUACAGUUUAAGAGGUUGGUGUCUCCAGAAUUUGCAUCGAUAAUGUCGUUGCACACCGGUGAAGCGUACGCGAUGCAAAAUUUAACCAGGACCGACAGGCUGGGCCUGUUGCUUAGCGGUAAAGUGAAUGUACUCAGCGAUUCGAAUUUCCUCCAUCUUAUAUUGCCUUGCGAAUUUUUGGAUUCGCCAGAAUUUGAAAGUUCUCGAGCAUCUGUCGACGAUAAAUUUAAGGUGUCGAUCGUUGCAGCCAGUUCGUGUAGAUAUUUAUACUGGCAAAGGUCUGCAUUGGAAUAUCUUCUCGUUAAAGAAGCAUAUUUAGCCACAGUCUUAACAACCCUAGUUGCGAGGGACAUUGCUACUAAAUUAUACGCUAUGAAUAACAAGAUUGUUACAGAUAAAGGGUCACAUUUGGACAUAAGGCUUCCAACAAUUAGCGCUGGAUUAUCCAUAAGUGGUGAAUACAGAAGUCCAAGAGCAUCCAGGCAAGCACUGAUCCGUAGGAAAGAAUCAACUUUAACUUCAGACAAUGGGUGCGUUAAUUUGAAAGAUCGUCCAGUGAAUAAUCUAUCGAAGAAAGGAGUUCCAAAUAUGGAACCGUUACCGGAAAUGCCAUCCUGUGAUGACCUGGCGUCAAGUGGCGUCGAAAGUUGGCUGGAUUCAUCGAGCAAGUAUCACAGUUGUGAAAUUGUUGACGAAGAAUAACAGGAGGCCUCCUUAACGCCGGACACAUUUUACGAAGGAGACAGCGAUUAGUGUCCGCGUUAAGGAUUUGCAUAAUCUUUGAGAAGAAGACUGCAGUUGUUUUUUUUUUUUAAAGAACAAUAAAAAGACAGUCUCAAAACACGUUUUUGAAAGUGUUACAUAAGGCUGAUUGUUACUUGAUGCUUUCUUUUAGUGAACAAAAGCUUAUCAUGUCGAAUCAAUACAAUUAGAAGAAGACGUCUUUAUGAUUAUAAUAGAAAAUUUCGAUUAAUUUAUUAAAUUAUGGAUUUAAAAAUUUUUAUUUUAUGUUAGUACGGAGUUGCAAUUUUUUUAUAAUUAUUGAAACAAUUGUUAAAUACGUAAUUAACUUUAUAUAAAAAGAUUAUCAUAUUUUAUUUAAAGAUGAGUGAUUUCAAGCAACCAAAAAUGUUAUUUAAGAACAACGAUUGUUAAGUAAGUGGAAGGGUUUCGCUUUGUAUAAACAAUACGUUAACUGAUACUUAUUCAUCUAUUAUUUUCAAGUAGAGUGUAAAAAUACUGAAAUAUUUCGUUUGAAAAAUAUCGGCGAAAAAGAUAAUGCUGUUAGAAAUAAAUUCGUUAGUAGUAUAAGUCAACGCGUUACGACGUGCAGUAGUAUCAGUCAACCAUAAGGCAGACACAGUUUUCAAAUCACAGUUUAGAGUUCGUUUGGAAAACAAAACGUCUGGGAAACUCAGGUACACUGUUCAUCAAACGUAUUUUCAUCACCUAACGAUAGAGGCAAGGUUUAAAUACACUUUCACAAAAACUUUCUUUCAAUUACGUGUCUGCCGUCUAUCGCUUGGAUUCGACAGACUAUGAACCAUCUUGUACAUUCCAUACGUAGCUAAGUAAACGCCAGAAAAGUGCUCUUGAAGCAACUAAUGUUCCAAGUGCUAGUUGCGACAAAGUGCUUACGCAACAAGGUAUCUAAUGACAACAAAUCGUUAUCAUGUAACUAACCAUCGUCGUAUGGUAUGCAGAAGUCUAUCAAUAUUGUAAAGAGCGAAUAUAUAAAUUUCAUCCGUUUACGAUAUCUUAGAGCAGCGGUUCUCAUCCUCUUCUGGGUCUCGAUCCCCAUUUAUAACAGUCAAGUCACAUUUGACAAUUCUCUCUCUUCACAAUUGCAUAAAAAUAAAUAAAUAACUUUCGAAUAUCUUAAUUAUAUAAGUUUUUGAAGGAACUGCGUAAGUGUUCGUGAAAAGUAUUUUAUUAUUCAGCGAUAAAAAAAAGAAAAAUGGGAGUGUUAUUUACAAUCGUUUAUCUCUAAGUUGUUAUUAUUAAACUUUCAGGAAAUACAUCCUGUAUAUUAUAUUUUAUCGAGACUCGCAGAUAAGAGUAUGAUUUGUUUAAGAAUUUUCAACUUUUCUUUAAAUUUUGAAUAGGAAAUGGAUUGUUACAAUGAUGUUGUUUGCUGAAACGUUUAUUUGUAGAGCUACGUUACAAUUUGAGCUGAGUGUUUGUAAUUUUUAUCAUAGAGUAACAUAAUAGCAGGGUCUGGUGUAUAUAUACGUUGUUAACUUUGCACUGUAGUAUCACAUCGAUGGCAAUACGAAUGCUUGAUCACACGAUCGAGGUAGUUUGUAGCAUUGAAAUACGUGUUUUGUACAGAUUUUAAUUACUGUUUUUCUUGUUGUCAAUGAAUACAAUGGACGAAAUGGAAAGU